CGUCCUCUUCACUCUCUGCUCCUCUGCCAUCAUGUCCAUAGAAGCUGCGAGUCCAGCUCCGGUUCUGGCACGACCCCGGCCUGUGUCCCGGAGCCAGAGUUACAUAACGACACAGACAGGUCACGUGAUCUCAGAAAUGUUGGAGGAGGUGAUUUCAGCUCUUCAUUACUUCAUGUCAGCUCGGAGCUCCGCACAGACCCGCACAGACCCGCACACAGCUGACGGAACCUGACAGAACCGGAGCUCUCUGAUCCGGACUCUGCUGUCUUUAUUGUCGGAGCUUUAGAAACUUCUCCUCCUCUCUCCUCCUCUCCUCCUCUCCUCCUCUCUCCUCCUCUCUCCUCCUCUCCUCCGGACCGGCCUCCCUGUCUGACCCCGCCAUGGGCUCGGUUCUGCCGGGCUCGUCUCUGGGCCUGAAGCCGGGCUUCAAGCCGCAGCAGCCGCUGUCCCUCGCGGACAUCAUCACGUCGGACAUCCUGCACAGCUUCCUGUACGGCCGCUGGAGGCACGUGCUGGGCGAGCAGCACCACCACCUGCACCAUCAGAACCAGAACCAGAACCAGAACCAGAACCAGCUUCACCUGCAGCACGAGGACCGCACCGCGCCGAGCGCGAGCCCCAAGACGGCGUUCACCGCCGAGGUGCUCGCGCAGUCUUUCUCCGGAGAAUUCGUUCCGUACAGUUUCGGUGAACCCGUCCCGGCUCGAACCUUCAUCCGACACCGACCCGGUUCAUUCUGA